CAUGGAAAGAUGGGGAUGGAGGGGGUCACACGUCGACACCUUGGCGAUCAGAUCAUUCAACCUUGACUUCAUGCACGACCGUUGCUAGCCAGUUCUUGAACAUUUUUUCAAUCACUUGCGCUUCAUUUGUGGUAAUCCCAUUAGCUUUUGUAGUGAACUUAGGGUCUGCAAGCUGGCGCCUGCCUUUGAAUUCGUCGUUCCUGGCCACGACGUUGCAACGAGCACUCCCGCCAUCAAGACUGAAACCCCAUAUUGUCCGCCUCUCGUUUCAAAUCUCAAUACUUUACCCAAUCAAUGACGACCUCACGCGCGUACCCCCCUCCAGUCAAUCUAAGAGAACGUAUUGCUGCUCUCCAGCAGCGGAAUGUAUCUCCAAGUCAACAGCAAACAGCUCAAUUUACUCCAAAGGACCUCCCGAAUACUGGAACUGGAUGUUUGCGCGACAGGAUCGCGAAAUUUGAGGAGAAGGGAGGCAUCCCCGUUCCGCGAGGAAGCUUCGGUAUGGGUGCGCCCCAGUUGGCAGAAAAUGCACCAGCAAAGAAGCGUGGAGAGUUGUAUGGGAACCGAGUUCAAGGUCUUGGAAGACCGGGCGGCACGCCAUCGAGUCGGUCUGGCUCACCCCUCCCCCCAGCGGACGACUCACCUUUGCCAAGGCAACGUUGUGUGUCUACCGGGGGUGCGCUCUUGAAAGGCACUCCCCCCAGAUUUCCAAUGAAUGAACCUAUCCCGCCACUUCCACUCACACUGUCUCUCCCUUCUGCGCGUCGUAACUCUAUAGCAGUUGAUUUCGGUCCCACCGGACGCGUCAUCAGCUCCGGGGAUGUGUCUCCUCGUGCAGGUGAAGAUUCUGAAUCUCCCUCACCUUCUCCGUCCACUUCACCUUCACUGGGAGUCGGAGACACUUCUGGAAUCAUAAGCCGGCCCCAGAGCAUUGAACCUGUCACCCCAUCAGAGGAUGCACUUCCCCAAGAUAUAGAUGCACUAUCACAGUCAGAGUCAGAGGUAAUAGUGUUUUCCCCGCAGCCCGACCUUGAUCUAGCACCUGCGGUAGCACUGGACAUGGUGUCGACAUCUCAGUCCUCGUCAGAUGUCGUAACUGUCGUGGAAGCGGCUUCCGUUGUUGAGCCUGAUGAGACUAUUGGUUCUGCUUCGGACGAGCAAUCCCAGACAUCAUAUCAUCCCCCACUGUGGGUAGAUGCGGCCGUGACCGACGCUCAACCCUCGGAAGCUGCGCUCCCUGACUCGUCUUCAACUAUCUCGCCUUCAUUCGUUGCCCCCAAUACGGCUCCUGAAGGUGACUCGGCAUUGGACCAUCCCCUUACAUCUACUACUGCAAAUGACGACGAGUAUGACGACGCAGCCGCAUCAUCGUUGGCCUCUGAAUCCCCUCCUACUGAGGAACGUGGGACCAUCUCUAUCAGCGUACCUCAUCCAAGGAUCCAGGUUCAACCCAGUCCUCCAUCACCUGAUUUAGACGUGGAGAACACCAAGGCUGAAGGGAAGCCCUCUUUCACGGCUGUAGUGCAUCGCAAGGUCACAGAAAUGCCCGCCGCCACAGCACCGACUUCAACUCUUACCGCACCUAUGACACCACAAAUUGCGCGAGUGCGGCGUAUGGGAAUCACCAUCUCUGCCGAGCCGCUUUCGAGCCCGGGCUAUGGAGAACUUGCCAUUCUGCUAGAGGAAGCAGCACUGCUUGAGAUGAAACUCAAUGAGACGGAUAGUUUUACUCCGUCAGAGCUGGUGGAAGCUGCGCUUCUCAAAACCCCCACCGAUAACACUUUCGCAACCGAUAUUCGGUUCGCAUCUUCGUCGACGCUCACAGAACACGUCAAAGCUCCAUCCACGGAAAGCGUAUCCCUUUCAGAGCGCUCUGUAUCUAUCCCGUCCAUCCGAGAACCUAACAUUGAUGGGAACAUCGCCGAGGAGGAUGAGGGUGACGGGAGGAGUUUGGCGUCGACAUCUGCGUCACAACGGUCUCCUUCACACAAGAGUUAUCUUUCGAGUAUUAGGCGACUGACUGGUCGUCGUUCGUCGAACUACAUGCCUGGGGCAUACCCGCGAGAUAGUAUUUCGACGUGCGGCUCUGAGGAUUCUGCCGCGGUCACGACACCAUCUGAUCAUGGAGAUGGAUCAGGCUUUGGCAUCGCAUGGCCAAGCGUAUCUCCGAAGAAAGGUGGUACAGGCAGGUCUAGCUCGUUUGCGGAUAAGCUGUUCAACCGCAACAGAACCAAGUCGAACGUUAGCACAAUGGAGUCAGACCAAGGCUCGAUAUAUAACUCGUCGAAGAAGCCAUUUACAUUGUCGCCGCCCCCCAUCCCAUCCCAAACCAAAAGUUCUCAAGGUCUUCAUGCCUCUGAAUUACCCGGCUCGCGUUCAUCGCACUGGAUGGUCGACCGGGACUCGACAUCUUCUCCUGCCCCCAGUAUCCUUGAGAAGGAAAUCUUCGAUGCAUUUCCCUCUGUCCCACAGACCCUUCCUCCGGGUCCACUUCAUCUGUCUCCAGACCUUUCGGGAGCAGCAGCCCGUCGUUUAUCAACUCUCCCAGUCAAGACUCGGAAACACUCGCAACCACAACAAAGGUUGUCCAUGGUUUGAAAUGCUUCAUCUUGAGUACCGUAAAAUUAAUACGAAGCUAGCUAGCUUCACCCCUCAUGUUGUCAUUGCUGCUUGCUUUCGCUGUGUAUUCUUGCUAUCUUUCAGUAUUGUUCAAAAUUGACAUAUAAUUUGGAUAGACGCCAGAACAUUUCGGGUUGACCUGAGUGAGAUUCUCAGAGUGUUUCGUCGUCGUAGCUUCUGUGUAAAAACACCCUCGAGAAAUAAAACCAUGCUAGAGUGAAUUAUCCUGGU